AGCAGAUCAUUUCCAUGGAACUAGAUCUGCCCUGCAAAUUUCUAUAAAGAAAUAAAAAUAAAACAUAGGUGCAAUGGUUGGCAGUGCAUUGCUGCUUUUAAUAUUAAGGAAUAUGUGCUGUAAAGUAUUUUUUGUUCGCUUUCUUGCUCUGUGCAGUGGAUGGAUUCCAAGUACUGCAGGAUCUUUUUACAAUGCCACUACCGCUGUUACCGAAAAAGAAGCAACACAUGGCCCGAUACAUACAUGUGGCAAAGAGGAAACCAUCCAGGGUGGAUAUAUUUACUGGCCAGAGUAUCGUACAGAGGGAAGUACCAUGACAUACAUGUGUCCAAAAGGGAUGCGAGCCUACCCACUUAGCUGGAGGUUAUGUGAAAAAUCUGGUCAAUGGAGCCCACUGCGCAAUGCCUAUGGCGAAAGACCUGCCAGCGCAAAAUGCAUAGCUGUGACCUGUCUGAGACCCACAAACUUUGAAUAUGGUUUCAUCUACCCUCAAAAAUCUGUUUACAACAUUAACGACACAGUAACAUUUGUGUGCGAUUCCGGCUACAAGCUAAUGGGAUCUACCACAAGAACUUGUUUAUUUAAUGGGCAGUGGAGUGGAAAGAUGUCUUUAUGUCUAACAGAAGAAUAUAUGUGUCCUAACCCUGGUACCCCAGUUGGUGGUAAAAGAGAAGGAAAGUAUUUUGAAGUAUUUUCCACAGUAGAAUAUAGUUGUGGCAAUUAUGAGCUACGGGGAUCUUCUAUACGACAGUGCCUGCCCUCAGGGAAGUGGUCUGGAGUGGAGCCUCGUUGUGAAAGAUGGAUUCAAUUUGAUAGAACAGAAGAUCUGCAGACAGAAUUGUUGAUCUUGGAUUCACACAUUAGAGACUCAGAUAGGAAAUCAGAAGAUAAGGAAUUGUACCCAAUGAGUGGAAAGCAACAUAUGGUUUUCUUUCUUGUUGAUGCCUCUAAAAAUGUGGGAGCUGAAAAUUUUGACAGGAGCCUAAAAUUUGUCAUAAAAGUUGUGCAGAAGUUUUCUUCUCACAAUACGACUGUCAUCUUUGGUGUAAUUACAUUUGGUUUAACUCUUACCAUCAAAGUGAAGAUUGAGGAUAAAUGGAGCGCUAAGGAGGUGAUUGAGGUUCUGAAAACCGUCAGUUACAAUGAAUUAUUGAGACAACAAACACCAGGCAACAUAGUGAUGGCAGCUCAAGAAGUAUUUAAUGUCGUUAAAAAGGAAAAGGAAAUGGAAAAUACAAAGUGCACCGUUGUUAUCAUUGUAAGUGGAAUGGGCACAAGUACAAUGACUCGUGCUAGAGCUACUAUGCAACAUAUUGCUGACCACUUGCUCCAAUCUAAGUCUGAAUUAGAUGUCCUCGCUAUUGGCAUUGGUGACAUCAGUAAGAAACAUCUGGAAAGUCUGGUGCCUCUACAGUUAAUGCGUGAAGAACAAGCGCAGCAACAUGCGUUCUACUUGCCGUACUACCAAGAUCUAGAAAACAUUUUUGAGGGGAUAACUAAUCAUGUAAGGGACAAGGAGUUUUCUACAUGUGGAGUGCAAGGAGAAUUACGUCAAGGUCCCAUUGGAAGAAUAUUUGGAGGAAGGAGUUCUGCACAAGGAGACUGGCCAUGGCAGGUUUAUGUGGUGUCUCAUGUAAGCUCAGCUGGUUAUAAGAUGACACAGGAUAACACAUGUGGGGGAUCGGUGAUUGGAAGAAGGUGGAUCCUGAGUGCUGCACACUGCUUUGAUAAAGAAACCGGAGUAUACCAACCUGAGGAAAUUAAGAUCUUCCUGGGCUCAACAAAAUAUUAUACUUCAAGUGAUCCAGGAAUAAAGGUGGAAAGGAUAAUACAACAUGAAAAAUGGAAUUCAACUACUUGGGAUUAUGAUAUUGCUUUACUUAAGUUGGCAACACCACUUCAGUACUCAGAAGCUAUACGGCCAGUUUGUCUGCCAUGCUCUGAGGAAGUUGCUGACCUAAUAUUAUCCCCAAUAGGCAGUUGGAGUGAGUCCUGUUCUUAUCAAGAAAAUCUAUUGACUGUCACCCGAAGGGAUGAAUUAGAAAAGCAGCUUAUUGGAUAUGUUGCAGGAUGGGGCUACAUUUAUUCCAAUAGAAAGACCACAAAUUUGCAACACACUCUAGUAAACAUUAUGCCAACACAUAUAUGCAACAUCCAAAGACAUUCAAUUAAGUUUACAGAAAAUAUGUUCUGUGCUAGAGGUAAUAAAUCAGAUGCGUGUAAAGGUGAUUCUGGUGGACCUCUUGUAAUGAAAGUUAGAAAUAGAUGGAUACAGGUUGGCAUUGUGAGCUUUGGAAAAUUUGAAGAAUGUGGAAAGGAAGAUUUUAUGGGAUUUUAUACAAAUGUGCCCCAUAUGAUGAGCUGGAUACAAAGCAAAAUUACAGAUUAAUAACUUUAAUAACUUUAAUAGCAAGCAACCAUUUAAUGGAAAAUCCUAUCUUAAUUUAGACUUUCUAUAUUACCAAGUAACAGUAUCACAGUUCUUUUCUCAGUUAAAACAGUUAAAGGGAUAGAAAACCCCAUUUUUUCCCCCAUGAUUCAGAUAGAGCAUGCAAUUGUAAGCAACUUUCUAAUUUACUCCUAUUAUCAAUUUUU